AGUAGCGGCGGCGCGCUCGGCGCGGAGGCUGGGGGCCCGCGACAGCCCACUAAAUGCAAUGUGGUGUCCUGGAUUGGAUUUUGGAACAGAAAAAGGACUUCAGUAGAAAAACUGGGGAAAUCUUGAUAAAGGAGUCCAUUGUCUUCACUGCUGGCCUCCUGACCCUGACCACACCCUCCUUAACAGACGCAUGAGGCUGCAUUUACUAGAGAUAACCUGUUUAUCCUGAUGGUAAAGAAGGCACGUGGCUGAUGAGCAAGGUGGCGAGGCCGCCGAGCGAGGCAGAGGGGCCGGCCUGGGAGACAGAGGACGAAGACACGGCAGAAGGCGAUUUAGGGUAUGGCUUUGGAAGAAGACCCGGCGGGAUUUAUGAAGCGCAAGUUUCACAUUUAUUUACGUCUAGAAAAAGAUCAGAUGGGAAGAACUUUAGUCCUCCCCCAUUUUCAAGAAACAAGGAAGAAAGAAACAGAGCCACUUUUCAGUAUUCCAAGCAUAAGAGCGUGCCAGAUACGUACCUGGAAGGGACCCGAAUUUCCCAUCGCAGACGACAGAGUAGCACUGAUUCUAAUUCAGAGUUGUCAAAUGUGGAAUUAAGGCAACAUCUUCAUGAAACUUUAGAGGAGGUAGAAAUCUUGAAAACUGAACUUGAGGCAUCUCAAAGACAACUUGAAGGUAAAGAGGAAGCACUGAAAAUUCUUCAAAGCAUGGCAAUAUUUGGCAAAGCCACAAGUCAUACCCAGGCAGUGCUUCAAAAAACUGUGGAACAAAAGAGAUCCUUGGAGAAGGAAAUAAAUGCCUUGCAGUGGGAAAUAGAAUUUGAUCAGAAUAGAUUUAAAAAUAUAGAGGAAUCUUGGAUCCAAAAAUAUGACAGGCUAAACUGUGAAAAUGCAGUCCUCAAAGAAACUCUGAAACUGAAAACAGAAGAAAUUAAAAUGCUCAAGUCUGAAAAUGCAAUUUUGAAUCAGCAGUAUUUGGAGGCCCUUGCCAUGCUUGAUAUCAAACAGCAGAAGAUGGCUCAGGAAAACACGUGUCGGGGUAAAAGUGGCUUUACAGAGGUUUCAGGUCUUGAGCUUGCAGUCCUGGGAGCCUGUGUUUGUCAUGGUCCCAGAGGGAGCCCCUGUGCCUGUGCCAAAAUGGCAGCAUCCACUCGGAAAAUGCUUCUUCAGCUCAAACAGGAGUUGGGACUUUUGCAGAAGAGUAAAGAAGAAGCCUACAUAAUGGCAGAUGCAUUCAGAAUUGCAUUUGAGCAACAAUUAAUGAGGAAAAAUGACCAGGCACUAAGAUUUACACAAAUGGAUAAAAUGUGUAAGAAACCAACAAAAUGGAUAAAUUGGAAGCACCUUAAAGAAGAUGGGUUACCAUCACAAAGUAAGAAGACCUUAGGGCAGAAACUGCUGAAUAUGCUCCCUUCUAAGAGCACUGAUGAUCAGGAUGAUUCUCAGGAAGUCUUUCAGAUGCUAACAGAUUUGCUGAAUGAUAAAGAAGCAGCUUUGGCUCAUCAAAGAAAAGUUAGUUACAUGCUUGCUCGGGCUUUGGAAGACAAAGAUAACAUGUCAAAAGAGAAUAAAGAAAAAAGUCCUAUGAAAGACAAUUCUCCAUUAAGAAAUCGCUGGCAGAAAACUUCAGAAUUCCCCAUUUUGUGUGACUGUGUCCAUUCAAGCGUUCAGAUUUUUAAUUCUGUGAACUGCAUUUGUUCAGUUCAGCACUUUCAUACAGAUCAAAGCUACACAAGAACUCUUAAAAGAUCCCAUUCUUUGCCGUCAAAUAUCAGGUACUGAAGACAAACCAGUUGAAAUUAGAACUGAGAGCUGUUUAUAUCGAGACUGAAGAAGGACUGUAAAUGCUACUACAUCUUCAGAAGUUGUAUGUUUCCAGGAAUUUCUAAAUUUUAGGAGGCAGCUUAAAUAAAUAUUUUCUGUAAGAAAUUAUUAA